CUGGUUGGUUGGAGCAUUGGUUCGGUGUGUGUGUGUAACACUGUGCGAGAGCGAGCGAGCGAGAAAGCCAUAUAUCUAUCCCCCUCGAGCGAGCUCGCUAGCAUCGAUCGCUGUCCGUGCUUAAUUUGCCUGGUGAAUUCUUGGGAGGAGGAGGAGGAGAUGGCGGGUGGCGGCGUGGCGGCGCUGGGGGUGAAGAAGGAGCGGGCGGCGGAGUACAAGGGCCGCAUGACGCUCGCCGUCGGCAUGGCCUGCGUCGUCGCCGCCGUCGGCGGCGCCAUCUUCGGCUACGACAUCGGCAUCUCCGGGGGAGUGACCUCCAUGGACCCGUUCCUCAAGAAGUUCUUCCCGGUGGUGUACCGGAAGAAGAACGACGGCGGGCAGAACAACUACUGUAAGUACGACAACCAGGGCCUCUCGGCGUUCACCUCCUCCCUCUACCUCGCCGGCCUCGUCUCCUCGCUUGUCGCCUCGCCGGUGACGAGGAACUACGGCCGCCGCGCCAGCAUCGUCUGCGGCGGCCUCAGCUUCCUCGCCGGCGCCACGCUCAACGCCGCGGCGGUGAACCUCGAGAUGCUCAUCCUCGGGCGCAUCAUGCUCGGCGUCGGCAUCGGCUUCGGCAAUCAGGCCGUGCCGCUGUACCUGUCGGAGAUGGCGCCGGCGCACCUCCGCGGCGCGCUGAACAUGAUGUUCCAGCUCGCGACGACGCUGGGCAUCUUCACGGCGAACAUGAUCAACUACGGCACGCAGCACAUCACGCCGUGGGGGUGGCGCCUCUCGCUCGGCCUUGCGGCGGCGCCGGCGCUGCUGAUGACCGUCGGCGGGCUGCUCCUGCCGGAGACGCCCAACAGCCUGAUCGAGCGCGGGCGCGUCGAGGAGGGCCGCCGCGUGCUGGAGCGCAUCCGGGGCACCGCCGACGUCGACGCCGAGUUCACGGACAUGACGGAGGCGAGCGAGCUGGCCAACUCCAUCGAGCACCCGUUCCGCAACAUCCUGGAGCCGCGCAACCGGCCGCAGCUGGUGAUGGCAGUGUGCAUGCCGGCGUUCCAGAUCCUGACGGGCAUCAACUCCAUCCUCUUCUACGCGCCGGUGCUGUUCCAGAGCAUGGGCUUCGGUGGCAGCGCGUCGCUCUACUCCUCCGUGCUCACCGGCGCCGUCCUCUUUUCCUCCACCAUCAUCUCCAUCUCCACCGUCGACCGCCUCGGCCGCCGCAAGCUCCUCAUCAGCGGCGGCAUCCAGAUGAUCGUCUGCCAGGUGAUCGUGGCGGUGAUCCUGGGGGUCAAGUUCGGGACGGACAAGGAGCUGUCGAAGAGCUACUCGAUCGCGGUGGUGGUGGUGAUCUGCCUCUUCGUGCUCGCCUUCGGCUGGUCGUGGGGUCCCCUGGGGUGGACGGUGCCGAGCGAGAUCUUCCCGCUGGAGACGCGGUCGGCGGGGCAGAGCAUCACGGUGGCCGUGAACCUCUUCUUCACCUUCGUCAUAGCGCAGGCGUUCCUCUCGCUCCUGUGCGCGCUCAAGUUCGGCAUCUUCCUCUUCUUCGCCGGGUGGAUCGCCGUCAUGACCGUGUUCGUCCACGUCUUCCUGCCGGAGACCAAGGGCGUGCCCAUCGAGGAGAUGGUGCUGCUGUGGAGGAAGCACUGGUUCUGGAAGAAGGUCAUGCCCGACCUCCCGCUCGAGGACGGCUGGGCCGCCGCCGAUGACAACGUCGUCGAUCGUCACAGGUGAAACUAAUUUGUUGUUCGCGUUAGAGAAGAAGAAGAAGAAGAGAUCGAUGCAUACAUGACAUGUAGGAUGAGGAAAUUAAGAAGCUUAAUCAUGUGCAGUUUGUGUGUGUGUGUCAAUCGAAAUCCAUGAAUCAGCGAUGUGUUUGUCGUGGUAGAGAAAGAUUGUUGAAAAAGGCAAAGAUUUUCAGUUGGUAUAUGAUAGUUGUUGAUUUCGCGCCAUGCGCGUUA